AUGGGUGGAUCAAGGGAGGUCGAUGAAGGGCCAAGUAACGGCAAAGGAGCACCAGAGCCGCCAUCGAUGGGAGAGAGAGGCGGCAUGGAGAGUGGGGAGGGCGAAGGGAACGAGGGAUCUGAAAGGGGAAUAAAAGAUAGAAGUUGGGCCGGGUCAACUUGGGCCGGAUCCGCUGAAGGUGAGGGUGGUAAGUGUGGGUUAGCUUGGGCCGGAUCUGCUGAAGGUGAGGGUUGUAAGUGUGGGUUAGCUUGGGCCGGAUCUGCUGAAGGUGAGGGUGGUAAGUGUGGGUUAUCUUGGGCCGGACGUGUGAGAGGAAAGGUGGGUAAAGACAGGUCUAACGUGGAAGGAGGAAUAGGCAGAGUGGUUGUGGGUGUUUGA